AUGGCCGAUCCACUAUCGGUUACCGCAAGCGUGGCCGGCAUUGUAUCACUGGGUCUGACCGUUUGUCAGGGCCUGCUCUCUUACUAUGGACCAUACAAGACCUGUUAUGAGGACGUCAAGCACACUGUGGAGAUUGUGGAAACCUUGAACGGUACACUCCAAGGGUUAAAUGGGUUACUUGCUAAAGCAUCAGUGUUUCAACACCCCUCAGUAGCGCAACAGGCUACCUGCGCGGCUGACCUGAUCAAAAGGUGCCAAGAGCACAUACACAAGCUUACAGCAAUGCUAGCAAAAUUCAGAAAGACCUCUUCUAAUGGGAAAUUGACAGGCUUCAGGAGCCAAGUCAAUCGGAUGCUGUAUCCGUUUCAGAAGGAAACGGUGGUGUCGGUCAAAGAAUCAUUAACCUCGUUACAGAGAAACCUUGGGAGUGCCCUGCAGGGUUUGCAAUUGGCUUUGGAAGUUGUUGGCCAAAAUCAAAUGGAUGUUGUUCUAUCGUACACCGCGUCCACCGCCUCUGAUACAAACCAAGUUGUGACCAUGAUACAGGGGCUAGGUGACACACAUACUGGCAUGGACAGUAAGAUAGACAUGCUCGCAGCGCGCAUAGAUUGCCUGGAAGAUAUCUUGCGCAACGGCGCACAACCACUCCCCAGUCCCAGUCUUCUACGGUCGGCUUUAGACACGCAAAGGGAGAUCAACGAAGAUCUGCCUAAGUUCAUAACGGACGGAAGGCAGUUGUUUGGAUGCACUUGCCCCAAUGGUAGUCCAAAUAGGCUCUAUGGACGGACACCAGGUCCAUCGGUCUCACCUCAUAGACCUUUGUGCCCCGUCAACGCCAAGAGCAUGAAACUGACCACCACAUAUACACGAGCAGUAUUAUGUACCACAUUGCUAAAUUACUCUGUUAAGCUGUCUUUUACAGUCACUUCCGGUGCUGGUGGCUUUUCCAUUAGUCCAAAGCUCGAGUUUCACGCAAUUGUCACAGAAGACUCACCAUCAUUCACCUUCAUCAGACACCUGAUCUUUUGCUGCUUUAGGCAAAGUUUGGGGGUGGAGGCACCAGUUGCAUACUCUCAAACGCUGGCGCAGAUGUUUCAAGACGGUGCAGCUUCACCGUCGGACACUUUGGCAAAUGGAAUGACAUUGUUACACAUGUUGGCCUCGUUAUAUCCAAUGGUUCCAUCAAAGGAGCAGGCAAAUUGGCAUGCCUUGAUCAAAUAUUUACGUCAGGCCGGUUGCUCGCCUACGCGUGUGGAUAGUUCCGGGGAAACGCCAUUGGAUAUGCUGGUCAUCGCUUCUCGAGAACUACCCAGUGUAAUUAGCGAGCCAUUGUUGAUCGAGGUUGGAAGAGAAAUCCUCGAUGCUGGCGGCCAUAUUACUCGUUCAGCCUUUCCCUUUGAGAAUCGGCUACAGUCUCGACCCCCCAGGCACAUAAUCGGGAUAGAUCGCUCUAUCUAUAUUCUCCAGCAGCUUUACAAGGCAGCCGACUGUACAGGUAGCGACUUCCCAGAGGAGGCUGUUCCUCUGAUGACCAGGUCAACGGCUGAACUUCGCAGCUUAGUACACCAGGGUGUCGACAUGAAAGAUUGGAUACUUUGGUACACGGACUGGCCUGAGGGCUUGUUGAUAUUGCUUCAGGCAGGCUAUAAGGCGCACGAGAACGUGAUUUACGGAGCCCUUGACUUCGAUUGCGAGGCCAGUGUCCGCAUCCUUCUAGAAACUGGAAAUAUUCAUGUGGGGCCCCUCCAACUAUGGGCAGCUGCCUCGAAUCCAAAUCCGAGGAUUGGAGACUUGGUUAUUCAAGCUUUGGUUGACCGCAGAAAGCACUUGCAGUUUCUAGCGGAGACACACCUGUCCGUCGAUGAAUUGUCGGAGUGGCUACUUCGACCCGAUGCUCUCAUAGACUUUCAAGCUUUUUAUAUUGCUGGGGCAUUGCAAAAGAAAGGUAUCAACAUAAGCGGCGUCUGGGAACCCCAUCCAUGGUCUGUUUAUUGUGUUUCGGGGUAUGAUAUCUCCAUAGCGGACCGUCUGUGGAACGCGGGUUUUCGAGAUGUGGAACCGCCCAGUUUCUUCCACAGGAACCUCCUCACGAUGGGAUGUUGGAAUAAUACUGACCAUUUUCGGUCCAUCUUGGAAGAGGCACGUUGGUUGAUAAGAAAAGGCGCUGAGCCGUAUCGGUUGUGUGAAGGUACGCCAGCUCUUCACUUUGUAGCGUUUGCCGUGGGUAACACUCUACCGCGUUUUCGGAAUGAGGGCUGGGUUGAACACUUGACCCAGUUGCCUAUCGAAUUGAAAGGACUAUUGCGCCAGAUAUUACUUGACAACACCUGCGACGCCUGCUGCUGUGCCUGUUCUACGGGUGGAUGCCGUGGGCUCUCCAUUGUCUUACGAGGUCUCUUAGGUUCAUUUUCUCAUUUCACUACAACAACCUACUUGAGGUAUGGCCGCCAGAUAGCCGCUAUUGUAACAUGGCUCGCCGGCACAUUCGAAACGGUUCCCAGGUACUUCGGUAGGCUGGCCGAAGACACUCUUCGCUCCUUAACCUUCAACUGUAUAGGCAUUACUCAUACCUGCAGUCACCCGUGGGAUUGCACAAAUAUCUCAAGCGAGAUAUCUGAAAUUCACCACGAGGAGAGAUACUUGUUGGAAGAUUUUGAGAGCCUUAUGCACGAGAUUCUUCGCGCCUACAAAGGAUAUACCACAGAGUUCCCAGAGUUUCUCACAGGCUACUGGCUGAGGCGAAUGGAAGAGUAUCAUUCCUGCCGUGUCACCCCUAGUGAGGAGGAGAUCAAAUCGCUUCGGGAGUGUGGCGUUGUUCUACACGAACCUACGCCUCCAACAGAGAUUCACAGUCCGUACGAAUCAGAUUCAUCCUCAGGCACAGGUGCCCUAAUGGACGAAACGAUGCUAGAA